AUGGAAGAUGCCAGAUUGGCUCAAUCAAUUGAACGUGGUGAUCAAUAUUCAAAGGGUCUACAUAUCCAACUCUAUCUCUACCCUUGCCUGACAUUGACACUCACAGUAACAACGGUGGGUGUACAGUAUAUCACGGCGGGCUGGUUCCACCCCUAUAUCUCCAGUGUAAGAGUAGCUGGGCCCCUCCUGCUCUGUGGGAGCUGCCCUCCCCCAGCCUGGACCCUGUCUCCUCUGCCCUGCUGGUGCUCCUGCACUCGGCUGUGCUGGCCGAGGAUGAUGUGGCAAUGCCAUGUCUCGUCCUCGGAGUGCCGCUGCUACCGGUUGAACGGCUUUUCCCUGCUGAAGCGCUUCCCUCUCUCGGCAGAUGGGGCCUGCAGCAAAGCCCUGGACCAACCCGUGGGAGAGUGGCUGGAGCAUGUGGGGCUGCCACAGUACGAGAGCAAGCUGCUGCUUAAUGGCUUUGAUGACCUGCGCUACAUGGUGAGUCAACGUUUCUAAGAUCUUUUCCACUUUCCAUCGCUCUCCAUCUCCUUUUCUCCCUCUUCCAUUUCACUUUCUCCAUCCAUCUUAUUCUCUCUCUCCCAGUUUCCAUCUCCCUUCUAUAGCUGCUCUUCACCUCUCCUUGUUAUACAGUAGAUGACCCCAUACAGAUUUAUGUGCUUACGGUGAAUCCCCUUUGAAGUGUAUAAGCUGUCACCAAUGGUAAGACGAAUCACAACAAAACCUGUUAACAUGCCAUCUCAUUUACGGUAAAAUAAUUUUUGCUGUAGUGACUUCGUCUAUUGUGAUUUCAUGGUCAAGUUGUAUACUGAUUUUAAAAAAGGACAUUUUUGUAGUCCUGAAAAAUACAUCUUUAACUGAUGCCACUUCAGCCAGAAAAACUCAAUUCAACCAGAAUGUUACAUCAUUAUGACAUCCCUUGUGCUUCUUACAGAUGUAGGAUCUUAAUUUGAUCACUCUUUUGUUGCUGAGAAUGUUCAUGCUCAGCCGGAAAUACAAAUGUAUAGUGUAUUUGAGUUUUAAAAAGGCUUCUAAAGUUUGUAUUUUACACUCUGAAAUGUCAGACUUGAUUCACAAAAAAUGGAUCAAUCCCUACCAAAAAUGUCCAUUCAUUAUAAUCCACAUAAUAAUUCAAAGUUCCUGUUGCUGCAGGAUUAUUUUCCUGCUGUAGAAAACUGGCUCAAAUUAAGAUCCUACAUCUGUAUGUCUCUUGUUUUUGAAAAGCAUAGACAGAUUAACUUGGCUGUGCUGUUUAAAAGUCUCUGGAAUCAUGUAUUGCUGAAAUCAUUUAGCCGCAGCUCAAAUUACUGUAUGUUUUGAGUCAAACUAAAAGGGACUAUCUUGUUCCUUUUAAGUUACAUCACACAGAUGUGUGUGUGUGUUACAACAUUUGCAAAUGAAUGUACAAAACAACACUUACAUUUCCACUGAUUGCGCAACUCUGAAAAAGCUGUUGUAAAUGGUGAAUAACAUGGUCUUUAAAACAAACACACUAAUUGAUCUGACAACACAGCUGCUUCAGUACUGUAGUCUACAAGAGGUUGCCAUAGAUGACAGAUUGGUAAGGGGCAACUGACUGCACCUUUUAGAGAGGUCACAUAGCCAAUGGAAGAGGUCUGAUAUACUGAAUAUGGACUGGGAAUAGCUAGUCAGUCUGCCCAGUGUUCAUCUAUUGUACCAAUACCAUUAGGUGUUUGUGUUUAAGACAUGCUCCGGAACUUUGGCGACUAGUAAGUAUUUUUUAAGCCUCCUGCCUUGGGCUGGAUGUGUCAAUUUGUAGUUCAUACAUCAUAAUCUAUGAGCAGAAUUACUGUCUUACCUCAAUUAGCCACGAAAUCCCUAGUUUGAAAGUGACCGUUUACUAGAAGCUGUGUUGCGCCAUUUUCCCUACAUUUCCACGCACAUGGGCCAGCCCCCUAGCAAUUCAAGUUCCAGCCAAUGAGGUUCAGCCCCUCGCUAUUUGAGUGACAGCUAGCAAGAUGCACACACAGCAGAGCGAGAGAAAGUGCAAUGACGUGGUGCACAUAUCUGGACGUGAUGUAGUACACCAUUUCCGGGGACCGUAAGCUCUACUUUCAGAACUACUGGCAAAAAAUUAUACAAAAGUACCGGAGAAUCUCUUUAAUUAGGUAAUAAUAGGAUGAGGAUUAGGAUCAUGGGUCAUUAGCAUUGUGAUGUUAAUGUUAAUCUCUUGACUAAUGUGUCUGAGGUGUAGAAGCACCAAGCAGAUAAUUGAUUAGCUCCCUGCAGGACAAAUUACCCUCAGAUACUUACAAGGACUUGAAGGUUGCUGUCUGAAAAGGUCAGAGCAGUCAGAGAGAUGUUGUAAAGGUUCAGUGGUGUCCUAUUGGACUGUCUGAUCUGUUCAUUUUUUUAUUUGCUUGGUGGGCUGAUUGUGGAUCAGGAGAAGUGGUAUGCUGGGUUUUGCCCCGCAUCGUUUUUGUUGAAUAGUUGAGAUAUUCUGUGAAACAUUGUUCAACCCUAUCAUCAAAUGAAUCUAUAAAUCUCAUAGAAAUACAAUGUCAUGAAGCAGAGGAGCAAAGGUAAUAGUGACUGUGCCAGAGAUGCACAUGAGUUGGUGAACAACUCAAAGACAAAGAUGUCAUCUUCAUUAAGAAAAUAGGAGAGAAAUCUGAGUACCCUAUUUUCCUGCUGACCCAAAAGGCAAGAGUGUCAUAGAACCAAUUCUUCAAUACUGAGAAAUCAGAGUUAGUCUACCCUUCCGACCUAUCACUGUAGAUACAGUAAGCCUACCACCAGAGAACACAUGCCCACAUUCACUCUGUAGUGUGCAGCUUUUGAGGGAUCAUAAAUAAUAAUCUGCUGUGUCCCCAUUUUCCUAAUUUUUACAAGAUGAUAAUUUUUGUUGUUGUUACUUUUAUCCACCGAUAAAUGGGUCUCUCAUGUCUCUCGUAUGGCCUACCGUUCUGCCCUUAUGGGUUUUUUGGUGCAAAUAAUAAAAUACAUGUUUUUAGAGCCUCCUCAUUUCAUGACACCUUUCUCCUUUGUGAUGAGGGACUGUAUGUAUCACAGUUAUGGUUAUGUAAUAAGCACUUAUAGAUAUGGACAAAAAUAGCUUUUCAUUACUUAAUCAUAUUUUCCUGAUGAAGUAUAAAUGACAAGCUCCCGUGGGACCUCCUGGAACAUCCAACAAUCACUUCAUUGGAAAUAUCUAUUUCAGGCUAUUCCUGACGUCAGACACUGAAUUAGUUUGAUCCUUGUUCUAGUGAUAAUCAGUGUGUAAUUUCCUACUGUCCUCCCUUGUUACUGUAACUGCUGCAUUGUGCUCCAGAAACAAGCAGUGAUGCCAUAUUUAGAAAAGACUAGCUCCAUUUUAACAUUCUUGGCCAGGAAGAAUCAAUCUGCAGCAGUCCACUGGGAAAAUGCUGAGCUCAACAUUUUUAAGGGUCUCCUUAUAUCUUUAUUCCUCCCCAAAAACCCGAUUAGAUGAUGAAGCAUGUGCCACUUAUGGAGAGUUAUGUAAAACCAAUGGUGAACAUCUAUUGUUGUCAAUCAUUACUGUAAAGGAAAAUGGGAAAUGUUAAGAUGAUUUUAUUGUCUUCACCAUUAUAUGCAGUGAAAUGUUCAUUCCUUGUCUAUAACACCACAGCUGUUUGCAUACGCAUGUGCAUACACGCGCAUACACACACACACACACACACACACACACACACACACACACACACACACACACACACACACACACACACACACACACACAGAUGUGUAGUCCUAUACAUUUCCCUCUUAGCAAAUGUAAUGUCUCAAUGCAACAUUGCAGCUCAGAAGUAAAAGCUGCUGCAGUUUUGAUUCCUUUUUCCUUGGUGGUGUUGCAUUAAAAUAGAUUGAUUACCUUUAACAUGCACAAUUUGACUCCAAUGUCCUCUCACCGUGUCAUUCUUGUUUGUCUGAGGACAUAAAUAAGUGUGUGUGUGUUCAUUUGUGUUUCUGUGUAUGUGUGUCUGUGUGUAUUAUUGAUUACAUAUAGGGACCAAUAGAGUGUAGGAGAUGUUGUAAUGUCUAUGUUAAUAGUUAGCUUAAGUGAUUUAUACGUGUUUCUGUAUACUGUGGACUUUGUGAAGUGUCUGCAGUUUGUCGUACUUGUGUAAUUAAUUUGUGCAUGUGCGUGUGCAUGUGCGUGUGUGCGUAGGGCAGUAACGUGAUGGAGGACACGGACCUUAGAGAUAUGGGAAUCACUGACCCUGGACACAGAAAGAAGAUCAUCCAUGCAGCACGCAGCUUGCCCAAGGUACAGUAGUUAUCAUCAGUACAUGGCACUGCCUGCAACCUUGUGCCUGGUUGACCAUUCAUUCCUGUCUAAGAAGCCAUCUUGUGUACAGUAAUUUCAAUCAUGAUAAUGACAUGUAUUGUAAAGUAGCUUUGAUCUAGUCUGUAGCUAUGGGUGGCAAUAGCAAUUAUGUGAAAAAGCCCUUUGACAUUGGGUAUGGUUUAAAAAAGCUUGAAAGAAAUUGUGAAAUCCUGCUUUUAUUUGAAUGUAAUUUGAUCUCCUUUCUGUCCCUCUUUGUAGGUGAAAGCCCUUGGCUGUGAUGGCAGCACCUCUCUCUCCACCUGGUUGGAUGUGCUGGGCCUGCAGGAGUACCUGCCUAACUUCCUGUCCAGUGGCUACCGUACCUUGGACUGUGUGAAGAACCUAUGGGAGCUGGAGAUUGUCAACGUGAGGCCAAUGUUUUGUUAGUGAAUUAUGGAGUGCCUCAGGGAGGAGACACCACUGUACUGAGCUUAAGGCAAAACAGAUUUGAGCUGAAUAAUUGAGGAGAGUCCAUUCUGUCUGCUUGCCAAGUGCCAGCAUGGGUGUCAGACUCACUGUAUACAGUCAGUGUGGGUGUAUAUCCAUUCAUAUUUGUUGGUUUGUACUUGUUUGUCAAUAUUAGUGUCUGUGUUGUUCAUAUGAACAUAGCACUAUGUACGGUCUAGUAGUUACUGUUGUGUCUUAUCUGUGCCUGUCUCUGCAGGUGUUGAAAAUCGUCUCUCUGGGCCACAGGAAGAGGAUCAUAGCGUCUCUGGCAGAGCGGCCCUAUGAGGAGGCCCCGACCAAAUCACAGAUCUCUCACCGUCUCUCACAGAUCAGGGUUAGUAAGAGUCCUCAGUGUCUUACAUUUUAACAAUAAUCACAGCUAGCACAUUUGGUUCCUUGGAAGUUGUGGGAACGUACGUUUUUGGUUUCCCACUGGUUCUGGAAACGAAGCCAUACGUUUCCUGACCGGUAAAACUGAAGAUUUCUGAGAACGGAAGCGAAAAUGUUACCUGUUCUGGGAAUGUUUUACUCUGGUUCCUUUAAAGUUUUUCUGGGAGGUUUUAUUAAAGCUCUGAGAACUAAAAUUAUAGGUUAUUUUGAGGUUUUUGAAUAACUUCCUUAAAACUUUCACUGAAUGUUUCAAUAAGAGUUUUAAUAACACUGCUAGCUUAUUUAGUAUUCACUUUUUUUUUUUUUUAUCCAAGCACAGAUAGGACACAUGGAAAUGCAAACACAUUUCUUUUGAAUUGUGUGACAGCAUUAGUGAGCUUCGAACGUAUAAUCUUCUGUUCUCUAUUCAUGGAAUUAGUCCACUGUGCCAUCAGGAUGGAGCUAGCAUGCCAUAUUCUUUUACACAUAAAGUGCAUUCGGAAAGUAUUCAGACCCCUUGACUUUUUCCACAUUUCGUUACGUUAUAGCCUUAUUUUUAAAUGGAUUAAAAAAAUGUUUUUACCCUCAUCAAUCUACACACAAUACCCCAUAAUGACUAAGCAAAAACAAGUUUUUUGAUUUUUUUGCAAAUUUAAAAUAAAAUAAAAAACGGAAAUAUCACAUUUUCAUAAGUAUUCAGACCCUUUACUCGGUACAUUGUUGAAGCACCUUUGGCAGCGAUUACAGCCUCGAUUCUUCUUGGGUAUGACGCUACAAGCUUGGCCCACCUGUAUUUGGGGAGUUUCUCCCAUUCUUCUCUGCAGAUCCUCUCAAGCUCUGUCAGGUUGGAUAGGGAGCGUCAUUGCACAGCUAUUUUCAGGUCUCUCCAGAGAUGUUCAAUCGGGUUCAAGUCCGGGCUCUGGCUGGGCCACUCAAGGACAUUCAGAGACUUGUCCCGAAGCCACUCCUGUGUUGUCUUGGCUGUGUGCUUAGGGUCAUUGUCCUGUUGGAAGUUGAACCUUCGCCACAGUCUGAGGUUCUGAGCGCUCUGGAGCAGGUUUUCAUCAAGGAUCUCUCUGUACAUUGCUCCGUUCAUCUUUCCCUCAAUCCUGACUAGUCUACCAGUCCCUGCCGCUGAAAAACAUCCCCACAACAUGAUGCUGCCACUAUCAUGCUUCAUCUUAGGGAUGGUGCCAGGUUUCCUUCAGACGUGACGCUUGGCAUUCAGGCCAAAGAGUUCAAUCUUGUUUUCUUCAAACCAGAGAAUCUUGUUUCUCAUGGUCUGAGAGUCUUUAGGUGCCUUUUGCCAAACUCCAAGCGGGCUGUCAUGUGCCUUUUACUGAAGAGUGGCUUCCAUCUGGCCACUCUACCAUAAAGGCCUGAUUGGUGGAGUGCUGCAGAGAUGGUUGUCCUUCUGGAAGGUUCUCCCAUCUCCACAGAGGAACUCUGGAGCUCUAUCAGAGUGACCAUCGGGUUCUUGGUCACCUCCCUGACCAAGGCCCUUCUCCCCCGAUUUCUCAGUUUGUCCAGGCGGCCAGCUCUAGGAAGAGUCUUGGUGGUUCCAAACUUCUUCCAUUUAAGAAUGAUGGAUGCCACUGUGUUCUUAUGGACCUUCAAUGUUGCAGACAUGUUUUGGUACCCUUUCCCAGAUCUGUGCCUCGACACAAUCCUGUCUCGGAGCUCUAAGGACAAUUCCUUCGACCUCAUGGCUUGGUUUUUGCUCUGACAUGCAGUGUCAACUGUGGGACCUUAUAUAGACAGGUGUGUGCCUUUCCAAAUCAUGUCCAAUCAAUUUAAUUUACCACAGGUGGACUCCAAUCAAGUUGUAGAAACAUCUCAAGGAUGAUCAAUGGAAAAAGGAUGCACCUGAACUCAAUUUCGAGUCUCAUAGCAAAGGGUCUGAAUACUUAUGUAAAUAAGGUAUUUUUGUUUUUUAUUUAAAAAAAUUAAUAAAAUAAAAAUUGUUUUCACUUUUUCAUUAUGGGGUGUUGUGUAAAAAACAUAUAUUUAAUCCCUUUUAGAACAAGGCUGUAAUGUACCAAAAGGUGGAAAAAGUCAAGGGGUCUGAAUACAUUCUAAAUGCACUGUACAAAGCUGUUCCUUUUAGUCUAUUUAAACAGACUCCUUUUCAAAGGAGACAAGCACUCAUUAAGAUCAGGUGUGGCCAAUUAGCGGUCGAGGCCAUACACCUGAACACACUUAACAAGAUAGAGAAUAGAGAAAGUUUUGUUGAUGCUGAGAACGGAAUCAGUGGAGGCUGCUGAAGGGAGAACGGCUCAUAAUAAUGGUUGGAAAGGAGUAAAUGGAAUGGCAUCAAACACAUGGAACCCAUGUGUUUGAUGUAUUUGAUACAAUUCCACUCAUUCCGCUCCAGCCAUUACCAUGAUCCUGUCCUCCCCAAUUAAGGUGCCACCAACCUCCUGUGAAUGGAAUGUAUAUUCUUUUAAAUAACAUAAAUGUUCUCUGAACGUUACUAGUUUUCUUGUGGUUUUUAUGGAAAGUUUUCAUAAUGUUCUCGAAACAAUUUGAGAACAUGCCUUUAAAUAGAACCAUGUGGAAACCUGUAGGAAACGUUAUGCUGAAGUACUGAAAUUCCCACAGAAGAACGUUGUUUCUUAAUGUUCUCUGAACUAUAUUUAAACAUUCCCAAUGUCAAACAAGUUGGAGAACGUUCGUAGAACAUUACCCAAAAUUUUUUUUUUUUACCAAAAUUGAAAUUGAAGCUGCAAUAUGUAACUUUUUGGGUGGCCUGACAAAAUUUACAUCGAGGUGUGAGUUAUAGAUCUGUCAUUCUCAUUGAAAGCAAGUCUAAAAAGCAGUACAUCUGUUCUAGGUGCGCUAUUUCAAUGCCUCCCAUUUUUAAGUUUAGUUUUUGUGUCUUUUACUUUCAGUUUUGUACACCAGCUUAAAACAGCUGAAAAUAAAAUAUUUUUGGUUAUGGAAAAUAUAUUUCAGAUUUAGAUGGUUUAGAUGGUACAAUGAUUUUCUCACUAUACUUGCUUGUUUGUCACAUAAACUGAAACCAUGAAAUGCAACCAUGAAAUGUUGGUGCGAUUUCUGCAAAGUGCAUCUUUAAAUGUAACCAUGUUUGAACUUUUAAGAAACGUUCUGUUAAAGUAAUGAAAUAUCAAGAAAUUAUAUAUUUUUUGUCAAGUUCCUUAAAUGUGCUGAGAAUGUUCCAAAGCCAAGCAACUAUCCUGCACCAUUUCCCAAAAAGUUGUGGGAAGGUUGUAUGCAAAAUAACCAUAGGACAAUCACACUCUCACCAAGCUCUAAGAAACAUAUGUUUUUCCGAAAAUUAUGUGCUAGCUGGGAUCCCACUUGUACUGUAUGCCACUACAUAAUGCUCUAAUACCUUAUUGAAAUCUCAGAAUCAAUCUGAUCAAUCAAUCUGUAUAUGGCAGUUUCAGGACCUGUUGUCCCAGACAGGGACCUCUCCUCUGAGUCAGAUGGACCCAUCCACCAGUCGCUCCAUGGACAUGCUCCUGCCCCUGGGAGAGGCAGGCAGAAGGAGGAGAGCCAUGGACCAGGACUGCAGCAUAUCCCUGCGCUCCUACAGCGAGAGACCCCGCUCCCACGUUAGUCCUCCUGCCAAAACGCUGUCUUUACCUGUACCUCAUAAAGUGACAGAAAUACAGUAUGUGUCUCUGUGGUGUGCUUGGGAUAAUCAUGUUAGAAAGAAAGAAAGCUGCUGCUGGGGUGUUUAACAGAUUAUUGAAGUCAUUCCAUGCUUGUACUAAAUAUGCACUGAGUAUAUAACACAUUAAGAACACCUGUUCCUGUUCUUAAUGUGUUAUAUACAGGUGAAAGCUAUGAUCUCUUAUUGAUGGCAUUUGUUAAAUCCACUUAAAUCAGUGUAGAUGAAGGGGAGGAGACAGGUUAAAGAAGGAUUUUUAAGCCUUGAGACAAUUGAGACAUGUAUUGUGUAUGUGUGCCAUUCAGAGGGUGAAUGGGCAAGACAAAAAAUGUAAGUGCCUUUGAACGGGGUAUGGUAGUAGGUACCAGGCGCACCAGUUUGUGUCAAGAACUGCAAAGCUGCUGGGUUUUUCACACUCAACAGUUUCCUGUGUGUAUCAAGAAUGGUCCACCACCCAAAGGACAUCCAGCCAACUUGACACAACUGUGGGAAGCAUUGGAGUCAACAUGGGCCAGCAUCCCUGUGGAAUGCUUUUGACACCUUGUAGAGUCCAUGCCCCGACGAAUUGAGGCUGUUCUGAGGGCAAAAGUGUGUGUGAGUGUGGGGGGGAUCAGUCAAAGUGUUACAGCAUCUUUUUAGUUUUAGAAUCCUGUAAUAUUUUGUGACUAAAUGUUCUGCCAUAACAUCUUUGUACACUACAGCAUCAAUCCGUCUCUAUGUCUCUUUCUAGGACAGACAGAGUGACCGACACAGGGAACCCCGUUUGACCCUCCGGCCGCCGAGCCAGUCUGCCACGUACACCACGGUCUCUGCUUGGCAUCACCAGCCUGAGAAACUUAUCUUAGAGUCUUGCGGGUAUGAGGCCAGUGUAAGUCAUGUCAAUGGUCAAUCUCCUGUCUUGUUGUGUCAAUGGAAGUCCCCUUGAAUCUCGGCCACUAGAAAAAGUAUUUAAUCCAAGUUUGAUAAUCACUUGAUGUAUAAAGAAUUGAUAGUUCCCACUAGGCACACACUGGUUGAAUCAAUGUUGAUCUGCAGUAUGAACCAACAUGGAAUAGACAUUGAAUUGACGUCUGUGCCCAAUGGGUUCAGAGAUGAUAACCUGUUUUGUUGCUUAUUUUCCAGUAUUUGGGAUCAAUGAUUAUCAGGGAUCUAAGGGGGAUUGAGUCCACUCAAGAAGCCUGUGCUAAAAUUAGGGUAAGUCUGACUGUCAUACUGCAGAUCAAUAUUCAAUCACUCUAUUCUAGCACGCCAUAUUCAUAUGGAUCGCCUCGCCAUUUUCUUUCUACUUAUAGAAGUCAAAGGACCAUUCGAGAAAGGGACCUGUUGUCAUCCUCUCUAUCACUUAUAAAGGGGUCAAGUUCAUUGAUGCCGCCACUAAGGUAAUGGGAGCCUGCAGGCAAUCAUUUUUCUCUCUCGCGUUUUCAUAUUGAUUCCCCUACAAUAAAGAUAGCACUGUUGGUUCUGAUGAAGUCAGUGGCUGUUACUGGUCGAUGGUUUUGUUCCUGUUGCUCCUCAGUUCCAACAUGUUAUUUUGUCCUCUCACCAGACAAUAGUAGCCGAGCAUGAGAUCAGGAACAUCUCCUGUGCGGCCCAGGACCCUGAUGACCUCUGCACCUUCGCCUACAUCACCAAGGACAGUAAGAGUGGCCACCACUUCUGCCAUGUCUUCAGCACUGUGGAAGUGGUGAGGAACACGAUUUUUAUUUUAUUUUAUUUCAACUUUAUUUAACCAGGUAAGCCAGUUGAUAACAAGUUCUCAUUUACAACUGCGACCUGGCCAAGAUAAAGCAAAGCAGUGCGAUAAAAAACAACAACACAGAGUUACAUAUGGGGUAAACAAAACAUAAAGUCCAAAAUACUACAGAAAAUAUAUAUACAGUGUGUGCAAAUGUAGCAAGUUAUGGAGGUAAGGCAAUAAAUAGGACAUAGUGCAAAAUUAUUAUAAUUUAGUAUUAACACUGGAAUGAUAGAUGUGCAAGAGAUGAUGUGCAAAUAGAGAUACUGGGGUGCAAAUGAGCAAAAUAAAUAACAAUAUAGGGAUGAGGUAGUUGGGUGGGCUAAUUUCAGAUGGGCUGUGUACAGGUGCAGUGAUCGGUAAGCUGCUCUGACAACUGAUGCUUAAAGUUAGUGAGGGAGAUAAGAGUCUCCAGCUUCAGAGAUUUAUGCAGUACGUUCCAGUCAUUGGCAGCAGAGUACUGGAAGGAAAGGCGGCCAAAGGAGGUGUUGGCUUUGGGGAUGACCAGUGAGAUAUACCUGCUGGAGCGCAUACUACGGGUGGGUGUUGCUAUGGAGACCAAUGAGCUAAGAUAAGGUGGGGAUUUGCCUAGCAGUGAUUUAUAGAUGACCUGGAGCCAGUGGGUUUGGCGAUGAAUAUGUUAUGAGGACCAGCCAACAAGAGCGUACAGGUCACAGUGGUGGGUAGUAUAUGGGGCUUUGGUGACAAAACUGAUGGCACUGUGAUAGACUACAUCCAAUUUGUGUUGGAGGCUAUUUUGUAAAUGACAUCACCGAAGUCAAGGAUCGGUAGGAUAGUCAGUUUAACGAGGGCAUGUUUGGCAGCAUGAGUGAAGGAGGCUUUGUUGCGAAAUAGGAAGCCGAUUCUAGAUUUUACUUUGGAUUGGAGAUGCUUAAUGUGAGUCUGGAAGGAUAGUUUACAGUCUAACCAGACACCUAGGUAUUUGUAGUUGUCCACAUAUUCUAAGGUGGGCGGGUGCCAGCAACGUUCGAUUGAAGAGCAUGCAUUUAGGUUUACUAGUGUUUAAGAGCAGUUGGAGGCUACGGAAGGAGUGUUGUAUGGCAUUGAAGCUCGUUUGGAGGUUUGUUAACACAGUGUCCAAUGAAGGGCCAGAUGUAUACAAAAUGUUGUCGUCUGCGUAGAGGUGGAUCUGAGAGUCACCAGCAGCAAGAGCGACAUCAUUGAUAUACACAGAGAAAAGAGUCGGCCCAAGAUUUGAACCCUGUGGCACCCCCAUAGAGACUGCCAUAGGUCCAGACAACAGGCCCUCCGAUUUGACACAUUGAACUCUAUCUGAGAAGUAGUUGGUGAACCAGGCGAGGCAGUCAUUUGAGAAACCAAGGCUAUUUAGUCUGCCAAUAAGAAUGCGGUGGUUGACAGAGUCGAAAGCCUUGGCCAGGUCGAUGAAGACGGCUGCACAGUACUGUCUGUUAUCGAUCACGGUUAUAAUAUCAUUUAGGACCUUGAGCGUGGCUGAGGUGCACUCAUGACCAGCUCGGAAAUCGGAUUGCAUAGCGGAGAAGGCACGGUGGGAUUCGAAAUGGUCGGUGAUCUGUUUGUUAACUUUCGAAAGGCAGGGCAGGAUGGAUAUAGGUCUGUAACAGUUUGGAUCUAGAGUGUCACCCACUUUGAAGAGGGGGAUGACCGCGGCAGCUUUCCAAUCUCUGGGGAUCUCAGACGUUACGAAAGAGAGGUUGAACAGGCUAGUAAUAGGGGUUGCGACAAUUUCGGCUGCUAAUUUUAGAAAGAAAGGGUCCAGAUUGUCUAGCCCAGAUGAUUUGUAGGGGUCCAGAUUUAACAGCUCUUUCAGAACAUCAGCUGUCUGAAUUUGUGUGAAGGAGGGGGGGGGGGGGGGGCAUGGGCAAGUUGCAGCGGAGGGUGCAGAGCUGGUGGCCGGGGUAGUGGUAGCCAGGUGGAAAGCAUGGCCAGCCGUAGCAAAAUGCUUGUUGAAAUUCUCGAUUAUUGUAGAUUUAUCGGUGGUGAUAGUGUUUCCUAGCCUCAGUGCAGUGGGCAGCUGGGAGGAGGUGCUCUUAUUCUCCAUGGACUUUACAGUGUCCCAAAACUUGUUGGAGUUAGUGCUACAGGAUGCAAAUGUCUGUUGGAAAAAGCUAGCCCUUGCUUUCCUAACUGCUUGUGUAUAUUGGUUCCUAACUUCCCUGAAAUGUUGCAUAUCGCUGGGGCUAUUCGAUGCUAAUGCAGUACGCCACAGGAUGUUUUUGUGCUGGUGAAGGGCAGUCAAGUCUGAGGAGAACAAGGGGCUAUAUCUGUUCUUAGUUCUGAAUUUUUUGAAUGGGGGAUGCUUAUUUAAGAUUGAGAGGAAAGCACUUUUAAAGAACAACCAGGCAUCCCCUACUGACAGAAUGAGAUCGAUAUCCAUCCAGGAUACCUGGGCCAGGUCAAUUAGGAAGGCCUGCUCGCUAAAGUGUUUUAGGGAGCGUUUGCCAGUGAUGAGGGGUGGUCGUUUGACCACGGACCCGUUACGGACACAGGCAAUGAGGCAGUGAUCGCUGAGAUCCUGGUUGAAGACAGCGGAGGUGUAUUUAGAGGGUAAGUUAGUCAGGAUGAUAUCUAUGAGGGUGCCCAUGUUUACGGAUUUAGGGUUGUACCUGGUAGGUUCCUUGAUAAUUUGUGUGAGAUUGAGGGCAUCUAGUUUGGAUUGUAGGAUGGCCGGGGUGUUAAGCAUAUCCCAGUUUAGGUCACCAAGCAGUAAGAACUCUGAGGAUAGAUGGAGGGCAAUCAAUUCACAUAUGGUGUCCAGGGCACAGCUGGGGGCUGAGGGGGGUCUGUAGCAAGCAGCAAGAGUGAGAGACUUAUUUCUGGAAAGGUGGAUUUUUAGAAGUAGGAGCUCAAACUGUUUGGGCACAAACCUGGAUAGUAUGAUAGAGCUCUGCAGGCUAUCUCUACAGUAGAUUACAACUCCACCCCCUAUGGCAGUUCUAUCUAGACGGAAAAUGUUGUAGUUGGGGAUGGACAUUUCUGCAUUUUUGGUGGCCUUCCUAAGCCAGGAUUCAUACACUGCUAGAACAUCAGGGUUGGUGGAGUGUGCUAAUGCAGUGAAUAACUCAAACUUAGGAAGGAGGCUUCUGAUGUUAACAUGCAAAAAGCCAAGGCUUUUACGUUUACAGAAGUCAACAAAUGAUAGCGCCUGGGGAGUAGGAGUGAUACUGGGGGCUGCAGGGCCUGGGUUAACCUCUACAUCACCAGAGGAACAGAGGAGGACUAGAAUAAGGAUACGGCUAAAGGCUUUAAGAACUGGUAUUCUAGUGCGUUGGGUACAGAGAAUAAAGGGGGUAGAUUUCCGGGCGUUAUAGAAUAGAUUCAGGGCAUUAUGUACAGACAAGGAUAUGGAAGGAUAUGAGUACAGUGGAGGUAAACCUAAGCGUUGGGUAACAAUGAAAGAGAUAGCAUCACUGGAGGCAACGAUUGAGCCGGUCUCCGUGUGUAUGGGGGGUGGAACAAAGGAGCUAUUUGAGGCAGUUUGAGAGGGACUUGGGGCUCUACAGUGAAAUUGUAUAAUAAGAACUAACUGGAACAGCAAUAGGCAAGGCAUAUUGACAUGGGAGAGAGGCAUAAAGCAAUCACAGGUGUUAUUCGAGAGAGCUAAGACAACAACUGGUAAUGGCGAUGAAAGUUUGGGCUGAGGCUAAACAGAUAAAACAGGACAGGGUACCGUGUAAAGGAACAGUCCAGCAGGCAUCAGCUGUGCAGCUGAGUGAUCAUAAGGUUCAGUGAACAGCAAUGUGAGUCCGAGAGCAGUUCGAAUUGGUGCUACAGCACAGGCGAUGAGGAAGCACGGCUGUUGAAUUGCAUGUGCUAGCGGGCCGGGGAUAGCAGAUGGAUCUUUGUGGUCAUCGCAACGGGAAGCCUGUUGAAACCACAGACGAUUACGUCGGCAGACCAGUCGUGAUGGAUCGGCGGGGCUCCGUGUCGACACUAGGAGGUCCCGUCCGGUUGACAGAGAGGUAGAUAGCCGGGAGAUGGGCCUGACUCGAGGCUAGCUCAAGGCUGAUUAGCUAACCACAACAUCCAUUCGGUUGCAGCUAGCUAGUUGCGAUGAUCCGGUGUUAAAGGUCCAGUGAUUCAGUGAUUCCGGCAGAAAAUCCGAUAUGAAUCUGGGUCGAUAACACGCUGUGCAGACUGGCCAAUAAUAGUCCAGGCUAGAGCUGGCUGGUAGGUAGUGCAGGCCACGGACAAUGGUGAAAAAAAACUGCUAACGGUGGCUAAUAGCAAGUAGCUAGUUAGCUGGCUACUCCCGUCCGGUAGCCAGAGAGGCAGAUAGCCGGGAUAUAGGCUUGGCUCGAGGCUAGCUCAAGGCUAACUGGUGCUUGCUUCGGGAGCAGUGGUGAUUAGCCAACAGCAACAUCCAUUCGGUUGCGGCUAGCUGUUGCGAUCUGUUGUUAAGGUCCAGUGAUUCAGUUAUUCCGGCAGAAAAUCAGAUGUUCUGGGUGAAAACCGCUAACGGUAGCUUAUAGCAAGUAGCUAGUUAGCUGGCUAGCUAGUUACACUGGAGAUAAUGACACCAGCCCAAACCCCUCAGUCACUCCAUACAUUAUCACUCCAUAAGACUAUGCCAAAAUACAAUCACCCAUUUCCCACCUUCUAUCUUUCUAAAGUACUCUGAUUUGUAUUAAUUUAUUUCAAAAUGCCAUAUCAUAUCAUAAAAAAAUCUUGAAAGGAAAAACUUGAUUGGGACUUGUAACAUAAUAUCUUGAUUAGUCUCUUUUAUAAGCCAUGUGUCAAACAUUCCUGGCACAUGACACAGCUACAUCUUGAUUGUUUGAUUGAAUACUUGAUUAACAUAGUUCUACUGCUAUGAAUGACAACUCAAUGAUAAAAAUGCAGAUUGUGCCUCAUUCAAAGUAGCUGUCAGUCACUACUGCAACUGUCUCUUCAUUCAUUACUCACUCCCUCGGUACAGACUCAGACCUAUGAGAUCAUCCUGACACUGGGACAGGCAUUUGAGGUGGCCUAUCAGCUGGCUCUCCAGACCAAGGCCAGGCAGUAUGUCCCAGUCCCCCCAAUGUCUCUGGGGUCAGAGGUCAUUGAGACCAAAUCUAGCCGGCCCACGUCACAGCAAUGGAGCAGCAUGAGGAGAUCAACAGUGAGUACCACACACUGAGCACAAACAAAAAAUUGCAUGUGUAGCGCAACAUGUAGCUGUGUGUGUGUUUCUAUAUGCAUACAGUAUGUACAGGUACAGUUGAAGUCGGAGGUUUACAUACACCUUAGCCAAAUACAUUUAAACUCAGUUUUUCACAAUUCCUGACAUUUAAUCCUAGUAAAAAUACCCUGUCUUAGGUCAGUUAGGAUCACCACUUUAUUUUAAGAAUGUGAAAUGUCAGAAUAAUAGUAGAUAGAAUGAUUUAUUUCAGCUUUUAUUUCUUUCAUCACAUUCCCAGUGGGUCAGAAGUUUACAUACACUCAAUUAGUAUUUGGUAGCAUUGCCUUUAAAUUGUUUAACUUGGGUCAAAUGUUUCGGGUAGCCUUCCACAAGCUUCCCACAAUAAGUUGGGUGAAUUUUGGCCCAUUCCUCCUGACAGAGCUGGUGUAACUGAGUCAGGUUUGUAGGCCUCCUUGCUCGCACACACUUAUUCAGUUCUGCCCACUAAUUUUCUAGAGAAUUGAGGUCAGGGCUUUGUGAUGGCCACUCCAAUACCUUGACUUUGUUGUCCUUAAGCCAUUUUGCCACAACUUUGGAAGUAUGCUUGGGGUCAAUGUCCAUUUGGAAGACCCAUUUGCAACCAAACUUUAAUUUCCUGACUGAUGUCUUGAGGUGUUACUUCAAUAUAUCCACAUAAUUUUCCUUCCUCAUGAUGCGAUCUAUUUAGUGAAGUGCACCAGUCCGUCCUGCAGCAAAGCACCCCCACAGCAUGAUGCUGCCACCCCCGUGCUUCACGGUUGGGAUGGUGUUCUUCGGCUUGCAAGCCUUCCCCUUUUUCCUCCAAACAUAACAAUGGUCAUUAUGGCCAAAUAGUUAUAUUUUUUGUUUCAUCAGACCAGAGGACAUUUCUCCAAAAAGUACGAUCUUUGUCCCCAUGUGCAGUUGCAAACCGUAGUCUGGCUUUUUUAUGGCGGUUUUGGAGCAGUGGCUUCUUCCUUGCUGAGUGGCCUUUUAGGUUAUGUUGCUAUAGGAAUCGUUUUACUGUGGAUAUAGAUACUUUUGUACCUGUUUCCUUCAGCAUCUUCACAAGGUCCUUAGCUGUUGUUCUGGGAUUGAUUUGCACUUUUCGCACCAAAGUCCAAUGGUGUUUAUACUUGCAUACUAUUGUUUGUACAGAUGAACGUGGUACCUUCAGGCAUUUGGAAAUUGCUCCCAAGGAUGAACCAGACUUGUGGAGGUCUACAAUUAUUUUUCUGAGGUCUUGGCUGAUUUCUUUUGAUUUUCCCAUGAUGUCAAGCAAAGAGGCACUGAGUUUGAAGGUAGGCCUUGAAAAACAUCCACAGGUACACCUCCAAUUGACUCAAAUGAUGUCAAUUAGCCUAUCAGAAGCUUCUAAAGCCAUGACAUCAUUUUCUGGAAUUUUCCAAGCUGUUUAAAGGCACAGUCAACUUAGUGUAUGUAAACUUCUGACCCACUGGAAUUGUGAUACAGUGAAUUAUAAGUCUGUAAACAAUUGUUGGAAAAAUUACUUGUGUCAUGCACAAAGUAGAUGUCCUAACCAACUUGCCAAAACUAUAGUGUGUUAACAAGAAAUUUGUGGAGUGGUUGAAAAACGAGUUUUAAUGACUCCAACCUAAGUGUAUGUAAACUUCCGACUUCAACUGUAACUGCCAAAAUAAAGGACACACCAUAAAGUUUCUUAAUAGGGUGUUGGGUCACCACGAUCUGCCAGAACCGCUUUAAUGCCCCUUGGAAUAGAUUCUACAAGUGUCCGGAACUCUAUUGGAGGAAUGCGACACCAUUCUUCCACGAGAAAUUCCAUAAUUUGGUGUUUUGUUGAUGGUGGUGGAAAUCGCUGUCUCAGGCGCCGCUCCAGAAUCUCCCAUAAGUGUUCAAUUGGAUUGUGACUGAAAUACACACACACACACACACACUUUAAACCCCCUAUGCUCUUUUAAGACCUCUCUUUCACUGAGAUCUGUUCUUCCAGCCAUGGUAGCCAAAAUAACGGACAACUGGGCAUUUUUAUAAAUGACUCUAAGCAUGAUGGGAUGUUAAUUGCUUAACUAUCUCAGAAACCACACCUGUGUGGAAGCACCUGCUUUCAAUAUACGUUGUAUCCCUCAUUUACUCAAGUGUUUCCUUUAUUUUGGCAGUUACCUGUAUGUGUACAUGCAUAGGCAUGUAUGCAUAAAUAUGCACGAUCAGAUGACACACAGUCCUCGUGACCGAAUGUUCCUCCGGAUUUUAAACCACUGAUCACACCAUAAAAAAAAGGAAGAUUUGUAGUGCGAUGAAAGUGAUGACUCAUUACUUUGCUACCAAUCUCAUCUCCCCAACUCUGAGUCAUUUUCCUGCAGCCAUACAGUUUGUGAAACUUGAUGAAUGAAUAGUCUUAUUUUUUGCUUACAGGCAGGACAUGAUUUAAUCUGGAAAUAAAGAGAGAGAGGGAGAACUGUGCAUCUCUCUGCUGGUCGCCCGGCCCCUCCACUGAUUCCCAGUAUAUUGAUUCAGAAUGUUACAUAAAUGUUUACGUAUGCCCUGGACCAUGUAUGGAUGUAUUGACCUUUCAGGACCCUGAAUAAUGAACACUCAGUGAUCAUAGUCACCUGAGAAAGCUGCACUGUCUGGACCGUGCAUGCACACUGCUCAACAUGUUUAUGCAUCCACACAAAUCACUGUGCUUUAUUAUCUGCUAUAAACAUAAUAUAUCAUGAGGUAAUCAGUUCGCUGCAUAAUGCACAGGGUUGGCAGUAUUUAUUAUCUAGUUUUAGGCAGUGGAAUUCUAGGAACAUCUAAAACAAGAUAACUCCAUUUGAAGCUUUUAAUGUAGACAAUAAUUUCACAAUUGUGAGAUGACCUGUCCUUUUUUCCAAUGUACUUUCAUUCUUGCUAGGUAUGCACUAUUUUUGUCGGAUGUAAAUAAUGGCAUAAAUCACUGUGCAGUUGAUCACUUUGCACUGUGCUGUAGUGGCUGUGUCUAGAUACUGGAGGAGCCUGGCUAGUACAGUCCAGUCUAGUUGACAGAUGCGUUAAAGCACUGCUAUGCCAGCUGCUGUCCAGUAUUUAAACAAAAUCUGAGUUAAAUCUUAUUAACAUUAUUUGUCUACACCUAAUAGGUUGUGAUAAAUUACCUAGAUUAUUCACUUUUUAUAUCUUGCACCGCUAUGGUCAGUUCUGUGCCACUAUAAAUGCUCUGUCCUUCUAUUUCCCCGUUUAACAUUUCUUUGUUCUUGUCUUCUUGGUCCUCCUGUUUCCCAGGGUGCCCCUCCGCUAGAAUGCCGCUGCUGUUACUGUCACACGUGUACUACCCACCGCCCCUCCUUCCUCCCGUUGCACUCUGUUAGCCCUGGAGUCCAGGUCCUGCUCUCUCCUCCUUUCCGCUAUCCUUCAUCAUCCAUCUGCUAACCCCCCUGACACACCUCUCUCUCUCUCUUAUCAUUCCAUGUCCACCUUUUGGUUUGCUUCCAGGCACUUCAUCUAGCUACAGAAUAUUUGCCCUUUUGACAUGACAUAUCAUACACUGAAUUUCUGCCACAUUCUCUAUUUUCUCAUAGUCAUUCCAUUUUAGCUGUUUUAAGAUAAGCAGUUAUUUCUCAUUAUUCUUUCCUGAGGAUAAGUAGGCUAUACAUUAGCUUUGAUCUAACCAUCUACGGAAGAUUCAUGGCUUAGCAGUUCUGCUGCUAAUGAUCUAGUGCUUUAAUUUCAUGGUUGUGUGAUCAGUAUAAAUAGCAACACGCUUGAGGUGGCUUAUUGAGUCUUAAUCCUCCUAUAUCACUAAGCUUUUGGAUUCUGAUGAAUCUGAUAUUUGACAGCUAGAAUUGAAUGAUGUUCUUGUACACCCCAGUUUUCCAUUGCCACAAUGUUCUUAAUCAGUUGUGUUUCAUGUAAUUAGACAUACAGGACUACUAAUUUAAGUUCAUUUAUUCACAUGGAAAAGCUAUAACAUAUUAUGUGUAUGGCUACUCAUGUGUUAACAGAGACUUUUGUUUGGGUGAGAGCAUGUUAUGAGCGCAUGUUUGGGUCCUUAUGGUGUUUUCACAUUUUCACUUAACUUGAAACCCAUAUUAAGAGACAGAUGGGAGUGUGUGUGGUCUGUUAGGUUUCCAGCAGCCUGUUUUGCUAUCAGACAUCUCUAUGUUGUGGAUUGAGCCCUGGUGUCUGUGAUUCUAAUAUCACUGGACUGUGCCUUUAAUCCACUUGCACGUGGGCUGAGGACUUGAGUGUGCGAUGGCCUCCACCACUCCUGCAGUCUCACGCCCGUCUCUCGUCCCCCCUCCCCUGGCAGAUUGACCCUCUGGAGAUGGACGCAGACAUGCAGUCCCUGGGCAGCGCCACCUGGCUCUUCAACCAGAGAGACUCCAACAAGCGCCCUGUCAGCACCAAGUACGAGACCACCAUAUUCUGAGGCUGGAUCCCCUGCCCCGCCCUCACCCUGUCCUAGCACCCAGUUUGCCCCCUGACCUCCACCACCCUCUCUCUCUGUCUCACGAGCCCUGUGCCUUCUCACUGUGAUGGUAGCAUCCCUCUGAGCUCCCCCCUCUCCUCUGCUCUGCUCUGACAUCCCACAUCCCUGCAGCCCUCUCUCCUGUCUUAUUCCUGUCCUGUUCCUCACCCCUUGGCAGCCCCUUCCCCUACUGAUGGGGCCCCUUGACUUGUGGAUGGACCUGGAGUGAACCUACAAUGGCCCUGCUCUCUCAACCAAACUGCCUCCUCCUCCUCCUCCCAACUACUCAUCUGCAUUCACCCCUAUUAGGUUUAUCAUCAUUGAAGAGAUUGUGGCUUUUUUGUUCUCUUCCUGUCAUGCUAUUCUUUUUCCACGUGACUGCCUUCAGUCGAAACAAUCCAGACUUCUUUUUUCUGUUGAGCUGCCUGUUGCAUUUUUACCUCACAGUAACAUGAUUAGCAUUGGUUGUACUGCCAAUGUGAACAAAAAAAUUACAAACCUUCAUAAGUUCCUCUAUUUAUCUAAUACCAAAGGAGUACUACUCUUGGGCUAUUAUCCACAGACAGUUUUGGUCCCAAGCAGAGUGGAACAAAGAACAUUAUUGUUUCCCAAACUCAGCCUAUCCUACUCAGUCAUAAACAAUAUUUUAUCCCCUUCCCAAAAGGAUUAACUAUUUUUCUCAUCUUUUUAAUGCUGUUUAUUUUUGUAUUUCACUUGUUUUUCCCUCAGGCACGUUAAAUAUUUUUAUUUCCCUAUCUGUAGCUUGUCCUGUCUUACCAGGCAUCUACCACUGUGAGGCACUGUGAGGAGGCAUAUCUAGCCUGGGAUGCAUGAAGGACAGAAAAUCUAUACGAAAGACAAAAAACAAUCAACAAACUUUUUUCUAUGCAUUUUUUAUCAUACAGUGAUGGAUCGUCAAGGAAUCUUCCCUUUCCAUUUAUAAUGGAUCAAGAACUGAACCUACAUUUCCUGUGUGAUUCUGUACACAAAUGGACUGGACAACUCUUCCAUCACUCUGCCAAGAACAGUAGUAGCCUUACUUCAAUCUGGCAAUCUAUCAGUUUGAAUCUAAAUGUAAUCAAUUGAGCAUCCUUGCCACCAUCACACACUCUCCACACUUGCUGACUGCUGCACACGUCUUUCAUGGUUUAAAAGACUUACAGCACUUUUGAGUUGACAACACAUGAACACUUUGGCUGAGCUGCAGUGAAGGUGUUGAAAUGGUACAGGUUUGUCCAGAUAAUAAUGUAUAUGAUGCUCUGUAGCUCCACAGUGUGCAUGGUGCCUCUCACCAGUCAUUUUAUUACCAAGAGAGACUAUUCGGCUCAUCAGAGAACACUGUGUUAAAACAUGGCACUAUCCCCUUUAAAAAGAAAAUGUUUGUUUCAAAAUUAUACAGUAUGUCAUUUUUUUAACCAUUAUUAAUAAGAGAUGCUUUUAAAAGGAACGGGACUUCCUGAAAUGUAUUUAGUGAGAGAAACCAAGGAAAAUCGUAACAACACAACAAUGUAUUGCCAUAGUAAAAUAAUGCAAAUACAAAUUUGCGAAAACACCUCAUGAAGGCCACAUUUUAGGUAUGUCCGAGGACUUUGGGGGCAAUAAUUGUAUUUGCCAAUUCAUUGUGAAAAGUAUAAGAUAUUCCCAAUAACAUUGCUUACAUUUCUUUACUAUGAGGCAGGUUGUGUUGCCGAACUCCUGCAAUCCAUGCCACUGAUUCAGCAUGAGGUAAAAUGUGUCACUAGAAAAUGAACAACAGUGCCCAGGAUUCAGGCUUACUCAUUGUUUGAACUUUACAUUUGAGGGAUCAAAAUGUAAUUAGAUAUGGUUUUAUUAUGCAAAUUGACUUUGGGUUGAAAAUAUAUUUGAAACUGCAGGUCUACAGGAGCUAUCUAUCUGUUGGUUCUAUCUAUUUGUGUUUUGCUCAACCUAUUUUGUGUGCUGUGUUGCCUUGUGUUUGUGUCCUCCUGUGAGGAUGGCCUGUUCUGUCUCUGGCGCUGUCCUCAUUCUGUGUCCCUGCUGCAGGAGAUGUUAUGUUUAGCCUCUCUCCAAACGAUACAGGAUGGCUGACUGGAGAAUGAGUGUUAAGACUUGACAGUCUCUGUGUGGUACUGUAGCUGUGUCUCAUCGUUGUUCUGUUCUGACUAAUACUGUAGCUACCACUGAUGCAUGUGGCAGUAUUUGUUUCGUCCUCUGAUGCACUUGACCCAUUGAGGUGUACAUAUGUAGUAGUGUCUUUUGUUUGCCUUUUGUUUUACUUUUUUAUCCAUUACACAAAUACAGCAUCUCAUUUACAUUCUCCAGCAUUGUCAUUUCUCAUGCACUAAGUAUGUCCCUCCCUGUUAUGUGUUGAAAUCAUGAAGACACAUUCAACCUGCUCUGGUUUGGGUGCAUAUAAAUGCCUUACAUUUUAAAGAGCAGAAGCUAUUUUAAGCAGACACAAUGUGGUGGCAUGAUUUGGCUGUGCAUGUUCCUGUCUUUUUUAACGCCAGUGUUUUCCUUGUGUAGCUCACUCCAGCAUUCAAGUUUCCGGACACCAAGCUGUGAGUUGAAGUGGAGCAGCCAAUGUGAGUGUCUGCGUGUGUGUAGACUAGAGCCAGAGAGACUAACAGGGAUACAUGCAGAGGGUCUAUGAGGGACUGUUUGAUAAGGUCUGCUGCCUUCUACAACCUCACAUGAAUACCAAGUAACAGAUAAAGGAUAAUCUUACACUUGCUGUCUGUCUCAACUGGGCAUGCAGGGCCUGUCUCUUACUCCUAUCUCGAGAAAGUUCAGUCUGAAAGGUCAAAUCUCCUCCCUGGCCUCACACUGACUGUCUUUCCCUCCACUAUUUACUUUAUGUAGGUACUGUAAUCUACAGAAUAUAGACAAUUAAUGAUGGGCCAGUAAUGACAAUUUGUAUUGAUUUAGGUCUAUUUGAGAUAAUCAUGUUGUUACUGUAAGGAUCAAGGAGAGUCAACGAGAGUACAUUCAUCAAAUGUAGCACUACUGUACCAGCAUAUAAUGCUAUGCCCAUGUAUUUGUGGACAGAGUAUAGUUUGUCAAUGAUUAUGUGAUAAUGUUUAUUUAUUCAAAUUAAAAGCAAUAUAUACCUGAAAUUAAAUAGUACAAUGGAAAAUGUUAUUCUUAAGGUAUUUGAUUGUGUCUUAGGGCAUCUUACUUGCAUGAGAGUUUGAUGGAGCUGGCAGACAAUAUAUUCUAUGAGAGUUAAUUGCAUCUCUUCGUCACAAAGACUAGCCCAGGUACUGGCAGAGAAAUGUACAAAGUCAUACUCCCUGACUAGCAGACAUUUAGAACAGAAAAUAUGAUGGAAAUAAACUGAUGCAAUUUUUAAAUACAUUAUUUUCAUAUGGCUAACUAAUGUAGUUAGAGGCUAAAAUACAUUAUUCAAUGGAGAAACAACUGUUUCAAAUUAUGUAGAAAAUGCAAUUUACAAACUCUGUACCCUUGUAAAAACUGGAAGCUUCUACACAUGUAGCUUCUACCGGCUGUAGUGUCUGUUAUUUAGUUAAACGUGAGAUCUUAGCAUGGUAUUGUAGGUCUAAUUCACUUACCGGUAAGUAAAGGGUGUAAAAAGGGAUGAACAUCAGUAGAUGCUGUGAUUUUCAAAGAAUGUCAUACUAAAAUAUGUAUGUAGUUAAUUUCAGAAGG